UGAGUCUAAAUGGGUCAGAUGCCCUUACUGGCUCAGCAGAUACUCCCCUUCAGAAUCUAGGUAUUGUCCCUGGAGACCUGAUUAAAGUGAUUCCUCCAUCAGCCCUGCUGCCUGUGCUGCUGCUCCACAAAGAGUACCUUCACCCCCAAAACGACAGGCAACAGCGCAGCCUUACACAAGCACUUCGGCAUCUGAUUCAAGGCCCAGCGGGAUGGAGGGGUCUUUCAGGUGGUGCUAGUGGAGAUGGCCCAAGUGCAACGUCUUCAGCCAAGAGUGAACAGCCAGAAAGAAAGGUAGUGGAAACUCCAGUCUCACUCCUCAUUGAAGCCAAGGAUGGCUGUCCCCCUCCCUCGCUUAUGGACCUGUUCUCUAAGUGUUCUCCAACUUCUCCCAGUCAGGCAGUGAACUUGAUGGUUCAUCUAACCAUGUUAGAGUGUGGAUUCUGCUUGGAAGGUAAUGCGGAGGCUCCACCUGGCUGGAAGGAGAUGGUGGCCACCAUCCACUACUCCCACAACACACUGCCAGAGUUCAUGUGCACGCUGGUGCUGGUGACAAUGGGUGAGGUCAAGCAGGUGAUGGCCAGCUUCCAGCAGCAGGAAAGUGAAAUCAGUGUCAAGUUGAUGGUGGGAGAGUAUGUUAAGAAAGGAAAUGACAACAUAGUGAUGCCAGAAAACCUCAUUCGUGUUGCACAGCUUGCACGUACCUUGCGCAACCAGCUGCUCCAUCCUCUGCAGGUUGCAGCACACCAAAUCCUUGGAGUUCCUGCUCCAUGGCACCUGGCUGGUCUGCCACAGGAACUGCUUCUGAUGAUUGGCAAGAAUUUGGAUGCUAAGUCUAUCCUAAGCCUAGGACAGAGCUGCAAGCGCCUGCAUUCAGUGAUGGAAGACAACAAAUUGUGGCAAAAUCUCUAUAAGAGAGAUUUCAGAAACCUGUACGAGAGCAUGGCUGGCCUGAAUGACAUGGACUGGAAGGCCAAGUACAGGGAGGCUGUCGUACGGCACAAGGAGUGGCGCAAUCUGCAGGACAAUCCUGACAUGAAGUUCGAGACUCCUGAGUUCUACCCAUCUCCGUUUGGGCCAGCCUACCCCGGCUACCCAGGUAUGGCGCCCAGAAACCCAGACCCGUAUCCUCCGCAGCCUCCUCAACCGCACCCCAUGCCCAACCCAUUUUAUGACCCUGACAGCCCCUUCUUCAUGGGAGAAAUCCCGCCUGUGCCUGGUGUGUUCCCCAACGUUCCCAAUCCCCUGAACCCCAUGCUACCAAGGGGCCCUAGACCCAACAACCCGUUCGUGCCUCCUUUCAUGCCCACGCGCCAUAGGACACCACGUGGACCAAGGUUUGACUUCUUCUCAUCAGACUUCAUGUAAGAUGUUCUUAUGUUCAUAGACUAAUGUGUGUUUACCAAUGCUUCAUAUAGUGGGAUAUAUUAAU